AACUAACCCACCCAUUCCGACCCAAAAUAUCAUGGGUUAUCGAGUUCGAGUCAUUCGGGUUUCGGGUUAUAAACACUUCUAUUUUUAGGGCGGUUUUUGGUCGGGUCAACUAGUCGGGUUGUAAUUUGGCAGGUCUACCACGAUUGCAUUUAUUUAUUCGACAUAACUUUUGCAACACCAAGUAAUACAAUUGUGUGACCAUAAAAAUUAUAUGGUCAAAUUAACCUUCUUCAUAGGAAUGGCAACGGGGCAUGAAUAGAGCAGAUAGUGUCCUGCGCUGUCUCCUCGAAUUCUUGAUCCGAUCCGAUCCGUCCCGCGCACCCCCGACGGGUCGUCAAUUUUUGCCCUAAACAAUCCGCCCCGCUCCAUCCUUAGAACUUAGAAGGGAGGAUUAGAGACUCUUACAUGCGAAUGAGUGACUGGGACAACUGAGAGGUCGACGGCAAGACAGAUAUGAGGAAGGCCCAACGGUAUGAACAACCGGAAGUUGACGACGAAGGCUAUGGUGGUGAUGGCGAUGACGAGUUCAACCCGGCAAGAGAGAGGCGUGACCGCUGCAGAUCUCUUGACGGAGAAGAUGGGACACAAAUGACGAUGACAGUGGAUCUGAGUGGUCGACAUCGACUGUUGCUCCCCUAUUCGCGAUCAGCGGGAGAGUCCUGUGAACAUCAUGAUGUUCUAACACGGAUAAGAGUGCUAUGGCCGUGAAAUGAAGAGAUAAAAUAAUAGUCGAGGAUUGUGUUUGCGGUGAAGCCUUUUAUCGAUUGGGGUUAUGGAAUUAAUUUGGGAUAUUUAAUUGGGAUGUGGUUUGGCAACUGGAAAAAAUUAGCGGGGAUUGAAAAUUGGGAGAGGAGGAAUGAUUUCGAUGAAUGCAUAAGGGAUGGCAUGCAGGGUCUGAGAAUUUGGGUCUCUUUAGGAAAUGGAUAUCUAGAUGCCGUCUGUCUCUCUCUUUAGCUUUGCAGGGUAUCAGACAACGGAGCGGAGCAAAUCCGUGCAGGGCAAAGCAGAAGGCAAAAUCCAUGUCCACUAUGUUUUACUAGCUGAUCGGAUCAAGAUCCGCUCCGUCCAAAGGUGGAUCCAAUUUUAUCCACCCCAUUACAGGUCGGAUCUAAUAAAAUCCACCGGAUCGGAUCUGGUUUGCCAUCCCUAUUUCUCCAUACCAAUAUCCACGACGGUCUAGAUGCUUAUUUGAGUCCAUUGAUAGAGAGCCCAAUGGAACAAUCCACGGACACAUUCUAUUGCGUUAUGGAAACUCAUUCGUUCUGGUAAAUGGCAGUAAGCAUUGUAUGAGCCCAUGAACUGUUGUUUCGGGCUCGUAGCUGGUAGAACGGAGUAGGCCCAACCCAAACCUCUCUUCUAUUCUUCCCAAAUUUUAUUCAGUGGAAACUGCAAAGGAAAAUAAAUUCGAAAAAGAAAAAUUCACUCUCCCACUGAUCUAUGGACUCCCUCUAAUCAAUCAAUCAAAUAUUAAACCCCACUCUCUCUCCCCCGAUUCUUCUUCCCCAAUCUUCUCCGCCGCUUCCUCUCCCCCACUUCCCGACUACGCCGCCACCGCUGCCCCACAUCUACACCCCCGCCGUGAGCAGGUGGCGCGUUCCGCCCCCGCGAGUCACCUCAACUCAUCCUCAUCUACUCUAAACCCUCCCCUCAGCAAUGGCGGCCACUCCCGUCCCUGAAUCCGCCGACGGCCCCGUCCUCAGCCUAAUCAACAAGCGCCUGCGCGCCCUCCGCAAGAAAUACAACCGAAUCAUCCAGAUGGAAGAGUCCGUGGCCCAGGGCAAGGCACUCAACAACGAACAAACGGAAACCCUCCGCUCCAAACCUUCCGUCUCCGCCGCAAUCGACGAACUCGAGAAGCUCCGCCAGCCUCUCUCCGUCGCCGUAUCCGAGGAAAUCGAGCUCGCAAUCGAGCGGCAUCGCACCGAGUCUCAACCCGCCGCUGCUGCUGUUGUGGCCGCCGCGGUGGAAGAGGAGAAGAUUGGCGAGGCCGAGGGCAAAGAAGAAGAAGUGGAGGGGAGUCAGCCCGAAAAUUUCGAUGCCAUGGUCGGGGAUCUCUUGAAUUUGUUGUACUUCGGCGCCCUGUUCGAUGUGAAGUCGCAGAACGAUUUCACGGCGACGAUGUUGAGCCGGACCCACGAGAGGGGUUGCUGCUUGACCUACGAUUACGUGACGGACGAUGCUACCGAUCUGCUGAGCGAGAGAGAUUUGGACAUGAUUUCUACUCUCAGUGGGCUGCUAAUGUCCCGCCCUGUGGAUUCGAGCUUGUCCCACAAGAAUGCUCUGCAGCGGUGCGUUGAGCACGCCAAGUUGUGGCUGGCCAAUGCCGAUUGUCCAGUCGAUAGCAAUGCCGACAUUUCCUAUGCAGGAUUGAGGGAGAGACUCAACAAGAUUAUGGCUUCCGACUAUUUCACCACAUCCCCUGAAAGGAAAGCUUCCAUGGAGGUUGCUGCUGCCGCCGCAGCUGCUGGUAAUUACGCCCAUUUCCAAGUACCAGUGCACGGGGUGCCCAUUGCAGUUCCUGUUCAGGUUGAGAGCCACUCUGUGGAGUACCAGCCUCAGCAUGAAGAUGCAGCAAUUUCGCAAGGACAAGAUGUUGGCGAUGAUCAGUCAAAUCCCACUGAGGAAUUUCAAAAGGAUGAUCCCCAAUUUGAAAACCCUGAAGAAAUUGUCUAUGGCGAGCAAGAAGAAACAAAACCUUCACAGGACUUCGAGCAUAAUAAUCAGCAAGACACAGAAUCUAGGGAGCAACAAUAUGGCAACCGGAGGAAUUACCAGCACCAAAGAGGUGGUAGCCGUGGUGGCGGCGGCGGUCGCAGGGGUUAUCCCAAUGGCCGUGGUGGCCGAGGAAGUGGCAGGGGAGGCGGUGGCUACCAAAAUGGUAGGAGCAGCAACCAAUACUAUGACCAGCCAGGGAACUAUUACCCAAGGAACUACCACAACAACCGAGGAGGAAGGGGCGGCAGUAGAGGUGGUGGCAACGCUGGCCAGCCUUACAACAACGACGUGGGGGUGGCCUCAUGAUGAUAAUAUUGCUGAGCAAGUGAGCGAUGGCUUAUCUCUUUGGGUAUCAUAUUUUGUUGGUGGGUGCUGAAAAACUCCAUCUAGUAUCCUUUUCCAGUUUUUGUUGUUGUUUGGCUCUGCUGCAGCUCUGAAACUUGUUUUGAAACAUGGGUUCAUUUUCUAAUGUCGACGAAUCUCACUCGAGCCCAUCAAAGGACACCCUAGCUCCUCUGUUUUUGUAGUUCAGACUUUUGGGCAAAAAUCAUCAUCCAUUCCGGGAAAACUUCAUGGAAGAAAGGUAUUUUUGAUCGGUCAUUACUUUUGUUGUUUGGUUCCUUUGAUUCUAUUGAGAACCAUGCCUCCAAAACCCAUAAGAAAAAGGUGAUGCCAAAGCAACAUAAUGAAGAGCCUCUUUUGAUACUGUUACUUCUGGGUUCUGGUACACUGCACAAGCCAUCAGAAAGAAAAGUUACAAUGUGGUGUCCAGUAGAUCUCCACUCACUGUGGAAAAAGCUAAAUCACCCUUUCGAAGCAAUGUCACAAGAGAAUCUCAACUAUUUGACGGAAAGAAACCCAUUUCCAGAACGCAUACACUGCUCCAAGCGAGUGACUCCUGCUUUCCUUACGAGAAUCUGUCUCCAAAUAUGUCAACAACGCAGUUUUCCCAGAGAAAGUAACAUUUGGUUUCCAUCCACAGCAGAGGCAGCCAUCUCAUCAAGUUUUCUAGGCCACUGGAAGUCAUGCCUCGUUACCUCCAGGGGAAGCAAAGCAACAAACUAGUGUGGAAGCACAAAACAGAACUCAUAUCAUUAAGCAGUUAAUCUGUUCAUGACUUUAAAGUUUUGACCGUCGGACUUCUUUUUCUUUUGUGAAGGUGGUGUAGACGUGGAGUUCACAGCCUUUUCUGGUGCAAACCUCACUCAUAAUUCGUACAAUUCACUAUACGUCUACAAUGACACGUGACUUUUGAUCGUAGGUAGUAAAUCAUACGUAGCUUACAAGGUCAACACUCAACUUAGAGAACCAGAUCACAUCAAUGAGGUGCAUAUCUUGUAUGGACAAUCUGACUUAUCUCUAUCGAUCAUAAGUUCCUAACUCAAUACGAGAAUCACAAUAUUUUGGGCCGAAACUCUUUGUAGCUUUAUUUGGACUUUAAAGCGGAUCUCUACCUAUGUUUGACAAAGAGAGUUUAACUGUUUUCUAUUUUAUACGUAGCAUGCCAAUUUUUGAACUUUUUGUAGCACAAGUGGGUUUAUUUUAAUUUGUACAAUUUAUGCACCUUAGCACUCGCAUAAGAGCUUCGUUUAACUCAUUUUUCUCGAUCCGUAUGGAGUGGCAAUGCAAUAAAGGAGUGGAUGAAGCUUCACCCGUAGCCUCAAAGCCAAGGUUGUCAACCAGCGGGUUGACCCAGACCCGGUGGAGCUAGUGGGUCAAGGGUUAAUGGGUCACCCGGUUUAGCCCGGAAAAUAUGGAAAUAGUCAUUAUAUUGUACUUAUCCUGAUAAAUUAUAUCAAAUCUCAUCUAACAUAUGAGUUAUAACAUAUAAUAUUCCACCAAAAUAACAUGUCGUACUUAGAUCCAACAUAUAUUGAAAAUUUACACACACUUAUAUAACAUAUAUAUUCAAAUGUUUAACUUAGAAUUCCAAAGAUAGAGUAAGGCGAAAAGAAAAAUCGGAAAAGAAACGCAUUUCGCAAAUCAAAGAAAACGACACAAUUUGACCUCCAACCAGAUAUCUUGUAACGGUCGACCCGGCGGGUGCGUGCGGCUCGUAUUUCUCACCGGGUCAGGGUUAAAGUGAGUCAACCCGCGGGUUGACAACCUUGCUCAAAGCACAAUUCUCAAAUGACAACUUUACUCGCCGAGGAAUUGUACUAGUUAAGCAAAAUCGUACUGUCGCGGGCCAAUGCUCGAUUGAACCGUUCAUAUUUCCUCUGUGAAAUGAGUGAUUGUCUCAAAGUUGCUUCACCCUAUACUUUAUUUGUGAAGGCAACAUCUUUUAUAUUGCUUUGUCAGGUAGGAUUUUCGAAUGUAUAAAGAACCAGUUCGACCCCAUUAAGCUUUUAAGAGCCAAAGACUCGUUCGGAGGAGUUUAAGAACUCACAAAGGAUAGUGAUAAGCACGGUAUGUGUUUCCAAAAAUCUCGAAUGGUCUUUAGUCUCAUGAUGAGGAUAUCCUUCAUAGCAACUACACUAGUUUUGAAAUUGCUUUGGGGAACAUGCAUUAUUCAAAAAAUUUGAAUUUUGUUUUGCUUAAUGUACACACAAUCGUCUGGAUGAUGAUAGACUGACGGGGCGGUGGGUGCAAGAGAUCUUGUUCUCGAUGGCGGGAAGGACUUCACCGUCUAACUACGGAGGAGAAAAUACCGCUACGGUACGGAUCCGGAGUUGAAGGCAGGAGUGGACAUUGGCUCUUCUUUCGACGGAAAUAGUGACUAAUCGUGUAGACGUCGGGAUGAUGUUGGAGACGCCAACAUUGGGUUGACUAUUGGCAAUGGCUACUGUGAAAGUAGCUUGAGGGGAACUAAAAUGAGAGGAAGUAAUAUCCUACACCAUCAUACAAUAAUGAUAUAUUAUAUCCCAAAAAAUUAUUAAAAAAAUCUAUCUGAACGAAAAAGUAUACUAAAUUGAAUCUAAUGUAAAACUAUCGAUGAAGAUAUAUAUUAUAUCUACCUAAGGAAUAAUAAAGUAAGCCAUGUUUCUUAGAGACCUCUCUCGAUAGAACCACUCUAUGAUAAAAAACCAUUUCGUCAAACAAUUGUAUCAUAUGAGUUUUAACUUAAAAUUUUAAGUGCUUAUAAUUAGCUAUUUCAACUCAUAAAUGAAUUAAUUACACCAUUUGGUAUAAAAAAAUUAUAAACUUGAGUUUUAGCUACUCAGUACUUCAUAUUCACAUGUAGAUAGCUACUUCAAAGAGUUCGAAUUGAGUUUGUUGAACUUUACCUAACAAAACUAUGAUAUCAAUGGCAAGAUAUGAUGCUUUUUUCGAGAAAUUGUGAGAAUAUGUUGGAGACAUCAGACCUAACAUGGAUACCGUUGAAUUUAAGUAAUAAGCAACAUUCAUAGUCAAUAGAUUAUACAUGAAAAAAAUAUUCAUCAUUCCCAUAAGUUGGUAGGAAGCAGUGAAUAAUUAGGAAUGGAAAGCUAUAAACAUAGUUGAUUUAA